AACACUCCCCCCACCCCCCGUGGCAGGGUGCAGAGGGGGCAGCGGCCGCCACCCGGAGGGAGCAGGCCACGCUGGGCGGGCAGCGGGCGCUUGCACACGAUGGGGCUGGCGGCGGAGCACGGCGCGUACUCCCGGGAGGGGGGCGGCCCGAGGGGCUGCUGGUACUACCUGCGCUACUUUUUCCUCUUUGUGUCGCUCAUUCAGUUCCUCAUCAUCCUGGGCCUCGUCCUCUUCAUGGUCUACGGCAACGUGCACGUGAGCACGGAAUCCAACCUGCAGGCCACCGAGCGCCGGGCCGAGGGCCUGUACAGCCAGCUCGUGGGGCUCACGGCCUCCCAGGCCAACCUGUCCAAGGAGCUCAACCUCACCUCCCGCACCAAGGACACGGUCAUGCAGCUGCUGGGGAGCGCCCGCCGCGAUCUGGACCGGAUCAACGCCAGCUUCCGCCAGUGCCAGGCUGACCGGGUGAUCUCCAUGAACAACGAGCGAUAUAUGGCAGCCAUCAUCCUGAGUGAGAAGAAAUGUCAAGAGCAGCUGAAGGAAGCUAACAAGAGCUCCGAUGCCUCGCUCCUGGCGCUGAACCAGAAGGUCCAGAUGCUGGAGGUGGAACUGGCGAAGGAGAAGCAGGUGUGCGCCAAAGACAAGGAGGGCCUGGCGCUGAACAAGCGGCUGGUGGAGGAGCAGCUGGCCGAGUGUGGCAGGGCCCGGGAGCAGCAGCGGCAGGAGCGACAGCUGGCCGAGGAUCGCCUGCAGAAGGUGCAGACCCUCUGCCUCCCGCUGGACAAGGACAAGUUUGAGACGGAGCUGCGGAACCUCUGGCGGGACUCCAUCAUCCCGCGCACCCUGGACACCAUGGGCUACAACCUGUACCACCCUCUCGGCUCCGAGCUGACCUCCAUCCGGAGGACCUGCGACCACAUGCCCGCCCUCAUGAGCACCAAGGUGGACGAGCUGGCCCGGAGCCUGCGGGCCGGCAUCGAGCGCGUGGCCCGCGAGAGCUCGGACGUCCAGCGCCAGAAGCUGGAGGUCGAGCGGAGCCUGCAGGCCACUCAGGCGGCCAAGGAGAAGGCGGAGAAGGAGGCCCAGGCCCGAGAGGCCAAGCUCCAGGCCGAAUGCGUCCGGCAGACCCAGCUAGCCCUGGAGGAGAAGGCGGCUCUGCGGAAGGAGCGAGACAGCCUGGCAAAGGAGCUGGAGGAGAGGAAGCGGGAGGCAGAGCAGCUCAAGAUGCAGCUGGCCGUCAGCCGCUCCGCCUUGGACGCCUGCAUCAAGGCCAAGUCGCAGCCGAUACCUGGACCAAGACCUGUGGGCCCUGCCCCCAACCCCCAGCCCAUCGACCCAGCUGGCCUCGAGGAAUUCAAGAGAAGGAUCCUGGAAUCCCAGAGGCUUCCCGCAGGGGCUGCAGCCCCAUCCAGUGGCUGAGGAGGCUCCAGGCCCUGAGGACCGAGGCGUGGCCCUGACUGGCCAGUCUGCGGACAAGACGCCGUGAGCCACCCCUGGCACAGGCCGGGAGCCCGGGCCGCACACAGACCAAAGUGGGCGCCCUUGGCCUGCACCCCGCGCUCGCCCUUCCCCACGCCCCACCGCAGCCUCCGCUACUCCCUCACAGGCCCACACCCGCACCACGCGACCCCUCCCCCACCCCUGGAUGCUGCAGGAUGUCCCGGACCCACAGCACACAGAUGUAACAGUGAUGUCUCGAGCCGACGGCAUCACGCAAAAGCACGGCACAGACACCGGGAGGACAUCAUACACACACACACACACACACACACACACACACACACACACACACACGAGCUUCCUGCCCCGCCCUCGCACAAUGCCACACCCCUCCAACGCACACGGGCCGUCGCACCCACAGCGUCCCGCUUGUCUGCACGUGCCUGUGUCCCCACCACACCGCCCUCCCAAUUUUCUUGUCUCCUGACUCUUCCUCACCCCCAGGGUGCCAGGCCUAGGGAAGUGAGAACAGGAAAACAUGAGUCUCCCCCCCCUCACCCCCCCCCCCCGAGAGUCCCCAGGCUCCCCUGCCAGGCAGCACCGGUCCCAGGGCAGAUGUCGCCCACUGGCCCCAUAGUAGCCCAUGGGGGCAGCUGUCCCUCCCUCAGUCCCUCUCCCCACCCCCCCUACUCAGCCCUGCCUGUGGCCCAUAAAAAUAUGUUAGUGGCACGAAAUAAAUAUUAUUGAAUCCUU